CAAGAAAUUAUUAGCCCAUCAAAUCAACUUCAUUCUCUCUUAUUUGCAUACCAUACAAUCAAACCACAAUGGCUUCUAGCUUUCUAAAACUUUUGCUCUUUGUUCUUACAACUUUGUGCCUUAUUGUAGAGCUUGCACUAGCCAAACAUGCAGGGAUAACGAGGCGCUACAAAUUUGAUAUCAAAAUGCAAAAUGUGACAAGGUUGUGCCAAACAAAGAGCAUUGUUACUGUUAAUGGCCAACUUCCAGGGCCUACUAUCAUUGCAAGGGAAGGUGAUAGAGUUAUAGUUAAUGUGGUUAACCAUGUUCAGUACAAUGUCUCCAUUCACUGGCACGGAAUCAGACAACUUAGGAGUGGAUGGGCCGAUGGACCAGCGUAUAUCACUCAAUGUCCAAUUCAGACAGGCCAGAGCUAUGUGUACAACUUCACUGUAACUGGCCAAAGAGGGACCUUAUUUUGGCAUGCCCACAUUUCCUGGCUUAGGGUGACAGUUCAUGGAGCAAUAGUAAUACUUCCAAAAAGAGGAGUUCCCUAUCCAUUUCCUCAACCCUACAAAGAAGUCCCCAUCAUUUUUGGUGAAUGGUGGAAGGCUGAUACUGAGACGAUUAUUAGUCAAGCACAGCAAACUGGAGGAGCACCAAACAUUUCCGAUGCCUACACCAUUAAUGGCCUUCUGGGACCCUUGUACAAUUGUUCGGCUAAAGAUACCCUUAAACUGAAGGUGAAGCCAGGGAAAACGUACCUCUUGAGAUUGAUAAAUGCUGCACUGAACGACGAACUUUUCUUCAGCGUUGCUAACCACAACCUCACUGUUGUCGAAGCUGAUGCAGUCUACGUUAAACCUUUUAAAACAAACACAGUUUUAAUCACACCUGGACAGACAACUAAUGUCCUUCUGAAGACAAAAAAGCAUCAUCCAAAUGCGACUUUUCUUAUGGCUGCUAGGCCUUAUGCCACUGGCCCUGCUUCAUUUGACAACUCCACCACUGCUGGAAUCCUAGAAUACCAUAACCCUUCAAACAAAACCAGGAAAAUAAAGAAUUUUCCUUUAUUAAGACCUUUGCUUCCUCUGUUCAAUGAUACAACUUUUGCUACAAAAUUCGUUAAUAAAAUCCGCAGCUUAGCCAACUCGAAAUUUCCAGCCAAAGUCCCCCAAACAGUUGAUCGGCGCUUUUUCUUCACGAUAGGGCUAGGACUGAGCCCUUGCACGAAUCAGAACCAGACUUGCCAAGGCCCAAAUAACACAAUGUUAGCAGCUUCUGUCAACAAUGUGUCAUUUGUAAUGCCUAGUACUGCUCUGCUUCAAGCCCAUUUCUUCAAUAAAUCCAAAGGAGUCUACACCGCUGAUUUUCCUACCAAUCCACCAUUCAAGUUCAAUUACACGGGUAAUCCACCAACCAACAUUAUCGUGACAAGUGGCACAAAAUUGGCGGUGCUUCCAUUUAACACGAAAGUCGAGUUGGUGAUGCAGGAUACAAGCAUAAUCGGUGCAGAGAAUCACCCCCUCCACCUCCAUGGCUUCAAUUUCUUCGUGGUAGGUCAGGGUUUUGGCAACUACAAUCCCAAUACUGAUCCAGCCAAGUUCAAUUUGGUUGAUCCAGCUGAAAGAAACACGGUUGGUGUGCCAUCUGGGGGGUGGGUUGCUAUUCGCUUUCUUGCAGAUAAUCCAGGUGUAUGGUUCAUGCACUGUCACUUGGAAGUCCAUACAAGCUGGGGACUGAAAAUGGCAUGGAUCGUCAUGGACGGAAAGCGCCAGAAUCAGAAGCUGCCGCCUCCUCCAUCAGAUCUUCCCCAAUGCUAAUUGGGAUUUUCGCUUUCUUGUUAUUAUUAUCAUUCUCUUUUUCGUUUUUCAAUUUUUAUAUUCAUUCUUGAUUUCUUAAACAUAGAGACUUUUAGCUUUAGCUUAGUACAAAUGAUUAUGCAUCCUUCCACCCUGGAAACACCCGUUGGCUGGGGAUUUUGGGCUGUUUUACUAGGAUGAAUUGUAUUGCUUUUAUUACAACCUUUUUGUAAUGUAACUUUUGAAGUAAGCAUAAUGAAUUUUAUACAGGAAAUUAAUCCUUUUA